AUUUUUGCGUAGUACGUGGCCACGACAGAGGUGGCGUAUUUGGCGUUCAAUUCUAGGGAUUGAGCUUUCUCACUCUGCCACUGUGUAUCCAGAUGGCUGAAACUGGUAGCUCUGAGUUGGAGACCACAAAAAAAUCUCAUGUUAUUUACCGGUGCAAGAAAUGCCGGAGACUUGUUGCUUCAGAUGAGAAUAUCGUUUCACAUGAUCAUGGACAAGGAGAAGCAAGUUUCAAAUGGAAGAAGAGAAGCGAGAAAAUGGAAAAGCAUCCAGUCGACUGUACCUCAGUAUUUGUCGAACCCAUGAAGUGGAUGCAAGCAGUUAAUGAGGGCCAUGUAGAGGAAAAACUUUUCUGUUUGAGAUGCAAUGCUCGUUUAGGUUACUUCAACUGGGCAGGUUUGCAGUGCAGCUGUGGAGCAUGGGUGAAUCCUGCAUUUCAGCUGCAUAAAAGCCGUUUAGAUGAGUGCUAUAUGUGAUUCAGUCAUUUCCCAGCUUUCUCAGAGUCCACACAAGAGGUUUGGAAAAGCUUGAUAGUAAAUGCUUAAACAUCACUUGUGAGCUUUUCUUAUAAAUUAUGGUGCUUAAUAAUAAUAAAUUAGUGCACAUUUUUGUUUGCACGAUUGAAAAACUAA